UCAACGGAUUUCCUCCAGAGUGACGGACGAAGCAGAGAAUUAUUUGAAGAGGGUAGAAUGUCUUUGGCUUUCCCUCGAAUUUCUUGGUGGUUGUGGGGUGGAAAAGAUAACGAAACUACUGUGUCCUCCGGCGCUUCUUUGAAUUCUUCAUCUGAUUUGGGGUUGGGAGUGCGAGAAUCAGAUAAUAUCAAAUUUCCUUCAGUGAAAGGCGGUAAGAUGCAGUCCACGCCAAGAAGGGUUAAGCGGAAAUGGCACAGCCGAGAAGAACGAAGAAUCGACAGGGAAUAUGAUUUAGUGCUGGUUCCAUCGGAUGGUGGGUGUUUAUCGGGUUCUGAGUCUGACGAUUCCGAUUGGUCUAUUGGGUGGUUGGAACCCCAUGCCUCUGAUUUCCUGAGCGACGAUGAGACAGAGAGCAGUUUUGCCGUGCUGGUUCCAUGCUAUGGACGUGGUCGUAGGGAGCUGGUGGAGGUGGACAGCCCCAAGAACCAGUUUUUGAGUGCCAUCGGAAACCUGCCCAAUGGUGCAAACCAUAUUCUAGAAAGCAAGAAGUAUAUGGAAGAGUGGUUAUCUUCCCUUCAAAACAACUGAGGAUGGCUGGUGGUUGUUUUUUGUAAGAUUGGUCCUACUUCAGUGCUUCUUAUAUGUGGUU